UUUUUACAUGACCUUUCAGUAAAUUUCCCAGCCCACCCAAGAGGCCUAGCAGUGCCAGGGGUGACCAGGACCUGGACACAAGCUCAGUCUCCUCCCCGGGGCACUUCAGGACGAUUGGUCGCCUGGUGAAGAUGAUGCCUGACAACACCCAGGUCAUUGAACUCAUCAAGCCUCCUCACGGGCCGUUUGGGUUCUACAUCGCCCGGGGCAACGAGAAGUACAAUCAUGGCGUUUUUGUGUCGCGCUUGAGCGACGGAUACCCCGACAAGCUGUUCGCUGGGCUGCUGGGGCUCGGUGACGAGAUUCUGGAAAUCAACGGGGUGGCGGUGAACACGAUAACCCUGGAUGACGUCUAUGACCUGAUGGCGGAAACGAAAGAAAAACUUGUACUACGUGUUCUUCCCCUACUGGCUCGUAAUGACUGGUAGCAUUUUCUCAGCAUUAUUAUUAGUGGUAGCCAAAAAGGGCUGGUAAAAAGUUCUCAUUAAAAGGGAUGUACAGCAACUGUUUCUCAAAACAUGUUUAUCUAGCAAUAAAUGUCUGAUAGCCAAAAUUUUUCAAACUAUUCUAUGCUAUUCCAGCAGCAAAUUUCUCU